GCAUAACAGAAAACUGUCAAAACAUCCGAAUUAUUCACGGCUGCAUUGUGCUCUACACGUGCCUUUUGUAGAUAUUAAAUUUAAAAAUUAAAUUUAUGGUGAUAAGUGCUACAUGUAUUUGAGGAUUACUAAUUUAGCAGCAUCGAAAUGAGUACCGGUUUAGCAGAACAGCUGAGGCGUUUGGCAGCGCCACAAACAUCGUUGCUACACGAUGCUCGUAAGAAACCUUCAAUUCUGUUCGAGUCCGGAGAGGCGGCAUCCAAAGAUCGUGAGGUAAUCUACGAUAUCGGUAUCAGUGGGUUGGAGGAACUCGUGCAGUUGAAUCCUAGUUUUGCUCAGUUCGAGAGCACCCUGUUUGACAAAACGACGAUCGAUCUGCAGCGUGCUGUGGAAAGCAAGGAUCUAAACCAGAAGCUAGAUGUUAACAUCAGGAAGUUCUUCUUUCAUCUCUCACCCUAUGUCAUGCUGCAGCCGGCACACAAAUGCAUGGAAUGGCUCAUCAGAAGGUUUCACAUACACGAGUUCAACCGGGAAGAUUUCGUCAACCUGAUGUUACCGUAUCACGAAACGAUGAUUUUUGUUCGCUGUAUUCAAACACUUACAUUGGCUAAAAAGAAUGACCCAUUCGAAUGGCUGAGCGGAGUAAAGAAGAAUGGGGUGCCCCUUGCUAAGAAGGCCAUCAUCAAUCAUGCCAUUGGAGCUCCUGGGUUCCUUCGAACUUACGGGGAAUUUUUAACUGGAGCGGUUAAAGAACUAGACAAUAAGGCCAACAUUCUACAGGCAACGAUCGCUUUCUUCUGCACCACGUGCAUCGGAGUUCUGGACGGGAUGGAAUCUGUUGGAGAAAAUUUUGUCGUAUCCGUGCUGAAGACUCUGGUUAAAGGGUUAAGUUCAAAGUCGAUCGACUUUACCGCGGCUAGUUUUAUGAUAAUUGGCCAUUUGGUAACGAAGGCCAAACUAGCUCGCAAAACAUUGGAAACGAUUUUGGUUCGACUCUGCAGCGUGAUACAUCACUCUCUCACCGAAAAUGCUACUAUGCUGAUGGUGCUGAUUUUACAGACACAGCAGGAACUACCGCGGAACAUGUCGGAUGAAGUUUUCGGUGCCAUUUUGACGGCAAAGUGGCUUCCUCGGUCGGUUUCUAGUCUGAAAGUAGAAGGGGUAGAUGUGACGGUACUUAUUCGUGCUGUGCUGGUCAAAUGUUUGCAUAGGAUCUGCCUGCAGGAUGACGACUUUGAUGUAUGUAGGAAAAUCUGCGAGGAAUUGUUACUGAGCGUCACUCUGGGUGAACAGGAAAGCGAAGAUAUAAUACGGUGCGUUUUGGAUUCGUACUUCCAUAAGAGUGGUCAACAAGUGACACUAUUGACAAGCAAUUGUUCCGGUGAUGACAAAUCGUCGGAAAUUAUCAGUUUGGACUCGGAGGACGAGGAUUUCGAGCUUAAAAAUGAUACGGUCACUCAGUGGUAUUCGGAUUUUCUGAAAAGCCUGGAGAAGCAAUACCCGACCGCUUUCGAUAGUGUCAUCAAACAGGUGAUGAAGGGUCAGGGCAACUUUUCCCAAAAUAAAAGAAAUGCACUGCGGAACGUGCUUGGGUUUCUGAUGCAAGUUUCUUACAACCAGAAUGACACCAAUAUAUUCGAGAAUUUGUUUCACUACGAAGUGGAUCGAAGAAUGGAUGCCGUUCGUUAUCUGGUGGAUAAUUUUAAAAACAUUAGUCUGGCAAGCGAUGGAAAUCGUGAUCUACUUAAGGAUAGUAUCAAGGAGCGCCUCGAAGAUGACAAUUGGGAGGUUGUUGCCGAGGUUUUAAAAUUGAGGCCAGUGGAUUUAAUUGAACUGAUCGGAAAGGAUCAAUUGAUUGAGAAACUAAUCAUCGUCAGUCUUAAAUGUCUCCGACGUAUGGAAAAGUGGGAAAAAGUUACUCCUAAAGUAGUGGAUCUUCUAACGGAUGCCAAUGUUUUCUCAGGAACUAAUCUAAAUAAGAUCAUCAUUGCACUGUAUCCGUUUCUGUUUCCAUCGGAAGAUGAUGAAAUCGGUGCUCGAAUUGCCAAGCGAGUUCUGGCUACCAACUUCGCUCGAAAAUAUAACAUAAUGAUGCUGUCAGCGAACAAAAUGGAAUUAAUCGAUUGUGAUUCUAUUCUACGCACGCUGGAAGAGAUGCUUGGCGAAGGGCUGCAUUUUCACGCUAUUCAGAUUUGUUAUAAUGUGCUGCUCGUUACAUCGUCGCUUCCGUCUGAUGCGCCCAUAGGUUUAGCUUCUCGUGUGUUUCGUUUUGCCAUGCGCCUUCUGAGCGGCAAAUUCCAAUACGUGCCCUCUUCCAGUCUGAGCUGUUUGAAGCAAAAUCGAUUGCCGAUGGAUAUUUACGUUAUCAUAACCGGGUACCUAAUCGACAGAGUAAAGUUUGACACCCGGAAGUUGAACUUGUCCGAUCAAUCGGAAUCCGUUCAGUUACAACUGAACAUUUUCAACCUGCUGGUGGGGAAAUAUUUCAGCAUACAAGAUGAACAUAAAGAUAUUAAAAAGGUGUACGGAAAUGAAUUGAGUAAAUUUAUAAAGUUGCUAUAUCCCAAACCGGAAAGGAGAGUUGAAUUUUUGACUUCGUUCUAUUCUGCUCAUUUGUUGGAAGGUAGUAGCAGAGAGCUAACGAAUGAUGAUCAAAUACGCAUAACACCGGAGCUGCAAAUUCGUACUUUCAAGUUGCUGAAUGCGAUGCUUUCUCAGAUUGGCUACCAACUGUCAAUCGAGAUCCUUAUGAACACCUUACUCGGUCUGAAGGCGGACUCAUCAGUUGUGCGCGAAUGUGCUAUAAGUUCACUGGAGCUUAUCGCUUCGUCGAAUUCGCAAUCACUUGAUCCUAUGUUCAAAUUAUUUCUCAAAAUGCUUCUCAAACGACGUGAAGAGCUUGCAAUGGAUAGUGAGCAGCUUCCGCUGAUGAUGUUUACAAUAUUUUCUAGCGAUAACAGCAAAUCGUUGAAAACAAUCCGUGAUUGUCUGUUGAGCAAGAUCAUGGACUCGGAUACUCCGGAGUACGUGGCAGGGGGACUACUCGAUAUGCUGAAGCUGAUGGACGAUAAAGAGAUUUUUGGUAAAGCAGUCGGUCGUGGUGUUCGCAUUUUAAACAAUAUGGAAGAGGGAUCUGGUAAAACAUCAAUGUUUGGACUGUACGAGUCUAGAGUGUUGCGUUUGUUAGUUGCAGGAAUAAAUCCGAAUAUGACCAACACUCUGCUGAAAAACGAUCAGUGUCGGGAGUUUGUGAAUAUUGGCUUGCGAAGUCAUCUACCGCUGCGUGCCGUGAAUAGUAAGCACACUUCUACUGCGAUUCUUCUGAUCGAGGCUCUGGGUGGUGAGACUUUUGUCACAUUUCCUCCAACUUACGCCAAACAAAUUCUACAGAAGGUGGUAGAAGCAGCUACCUUGGCACAAAAUCCAGAAACCAGCGCGGCAGCGGGAAAGUUUUUCAAAAACUUGCAACUAGACGUUAAUCUGGUGUUGGAACCAUUGGAUAGAAUGAUAGUACUUUGGAAGAACCCAAAAGAGAAGCGAAAAUCUGGUGGUGGGACUUCUACUAUUGCCGAUUCCAUCUACUCUAGUGUCGGUUGGAAAUGUGGAGUAACCCUGUUGGAAUUACUUCAAAAUAAAAAGCAACUGCUAAAUAAGCAGCUACUAAUUCCAAAACUGUUCGAUGUGCUGAAAUUCUGCUUGGAUUUCGAAGAGCAAUCAGGAGUUGAGUACGUGAAGCAGAUGAUAUUAUCCUUGCUAUUACAUUGUUGCACAAAAGUAGAGAGCGAUCCGCACAACAGGAUCGAUCGUUUGUCUGAAAAUGCAUUUAAGGUAGAGCUGAUUGUGCAAUGCAUUCGAGGAACUCAGAAUCCUCAAACGCAUCACCAUGCGUUACUGUUAUUAGCCUACGUGGCGGAUUUAGUACCAGAUCAGGUCCUGCAGAAUAUCAUGGAGAUCUUCACCUUCAUGGGUUCAUCCGUUGUCAGACACGACGAUGUCUAUAGCAUCCUGAUUAUUACAAAAAUAAUCGAAACCAUCAUACCCACUUUAGCCCGAUCAAGUGAAGCCAACAAACAAGACAAAGUGAUUCCAAUCCUGAAGAUAUUUACCGAUGUUAUAUUGGACGUUCCGGAGCACAGACGGGUCCCGUUGUAUACAAAGUUGAUCCAAACGUUGGGACCAUCCGACCAUCUGUGGAUGUUCCUGGGAGUUUUGCUUGAAUCGGACGUCAUGAAAGGGGGUAAAAAAGCGGAAAUGGAAAUGGAAGCAAAGAUUUGGAAGAAGAAAAAACAUACAGUCGAAUCUGAUCACUCGCCAAACUUCAGUAAACGUUUGGAAAUUGGAAUGAACAUUGCUCAUGAGUUUGAUCCGGCCGUGGUUGUGGAGACGUGUGUUCAGCUACUGCGCUACAUUCAGGAACUGCCGCUUCAAGUGGACAACAGUAAAAAACGCAUGGAUACUAUUGAUUUGUCCGAUUCGGUCAUUUUUAGCGAGGUCAAUCACACAAACAAACAGCUCAGACACUACCGCUACUCCACCAGUGUGUUCGUUGCGACAUUAAUAAAAUCAACGCAGGUGAUCAAUAAGAUCGCGUUGCUCAGUGAGGAAGACACGGUCGUUUUGAAGGCUUCCUAUCGGGACUUGAUAGUCGGCAGUCUCGCUUACUUGAAUGUUGUUGCAAAAGCCGUUGACAAAGCACGCAGUGAAAAUGACGAUCGAGAAAAAUCGUACUGGGAAAUUUCCUUGGUAAGGUGCUAUGAGAUUUUGGAAGGCACUGUUGCUCUGUUGUCACCGGACAUGAUGAUAACGGUGUUUGGCGGUUUAAUGAAACAUCGUACUUUGCUAAUACGACUGAAAGUUAUUGAUAUUUUCAACAAUAAGCUACAGUACAGCAAAGAUUAUUUCAAUGAGUCACAUCAUACGAGACUGCUUGAGCUUUUGAACCCAUUAAUGGACAUUGUCAAAAGAAUUUUCACCGAAGAGAAUGUUGUUGGGAGCACAUCUGCCAGGUUUAAAAUUGCACAGGAAGCGUAUCUUACCGUGAAGCAUCUAUCAAAGAUAAUGGCACCGAAAAAUCCCGCCGAGUUUAAACAAGUGCUUGGUGGUUUCAUUGAAGAAUUGCACGGAUACAAGAAGAAUCCUAACCCGCAUUUACUUGCUUCACUGAUUCUUUGCAUCGGCGAAGUUAGUGUCAAUCUGGGUCCUCAUUCUAUCCCAUAUCUUCCGAAGUACAUUCCAAUGUUGACGAAAUUUAUCGCUCGCCAGGUAGAAUCAGUGGAAGUCUUCGACAUGUUGACCAGCAGUAUUGUGACAUCGAUUCUCAAAGUCAUUGAUGCUUUGGCACGUUUUCUCAGUCCAUAUCUAAAAUCAAUUAUCGUUGGAAUUUCGAAACUGCAAGCUAAACUUCCAGAAAACAAUGAGCCCAGAUUAGCUCACAUCACAACUAGAUUGACUCUGAUUUGGGAGAAGUUAGCUUCGUUGAUCGCACCUCGUCUACUCAUACCAGCCAUCGAAGAAAGCUACACCGAAAUUGUCCAGGAUGGAUCUCUGGAUGCCAUCGGGCCAGUCAUGAAACUCCUAUCUUAUACAUUCAAUAGUAUCCAAACUAGCGAAUUCGCUGGACUUCAAUCCGAGCUUUCAGAUUUCUUCCUGGCCGCUUUGCAGUUCCGCUGUGACAACGCUUCCGGUGCCAAGUUUCUGGCACAAUCAAUAGACAUCGCGGAGCAGCACGUGAUCAAAGCGUUUGUGGUAUUGAUUCUCAAACUAUCCGAAAGUACGUUCCGACCACUUUACUAUAAAGUAUUCGAGUGGGCUAACCGCGACUCGUCGACCAACGAUCGAGCCAUCACGUUCUUCAAUCUGUCCAGCCACACAGCGGAUGCACUGAAGCAUCUGUUUGUGCUUUUCGCAAGCGAACUAAUUACGAACGCGGCCAAGUUGCUGGAUGCUACUAAUGCCAGCAAAUCGGCUGAUCUGUUUUUCUCGGAUCCAAGCAAAAAUGUAACCCUAAUUCGAUACAUCCUAAGAACGCUGCUUAGUGUUUUGGUGAACGAUAACCAAAAUUUCAUUAAUUCUAUUCGGUUCGAUACUUUGCUGCAGCCAAUCACCGAUCAAUUGGAGAAUACGAUAAUUUUCGAGGAUGAGGAAAUUCGUCAGCUGGUGAUCAAUUGCUUAUCGCAGAUGGCUGUAGCCGUGGCAGACGAAACUCUCUGGCGUCAGCUUAAUCAUCAGGUGUUGAUGAAAACCAGGAACAAUGAACCGGACGUUAGAAUAUUUGCCCUGGGUGCAUGCACGGAGAUUGCCCGUAAGAUAGGGGAGAACUUUGCACCGUUAGUACCGGAAACCAUUCCGUUCUUGGCCGAGCUGUUGGAGGAUGAAAACCAUGAGGUGGAAAAUGCGGCUCAAAAGACAAUUCGAGAAAUCGAAAAAGUGACUGGUGAACCGUUGCAUAAAUACAUGUGAACAGGAGCACCGUAGUAGGCUAAAUGUGUCUAUUAUUUGGAAAUGUCAUUUGUUUCACAACUUUGCAAGGAAAACGCAAUUUAUAGUUCUGUUAGAAAAAGAACAAUAAAUUUUGUUCGUUCGA